AGCUGGGCAGCAGGUUAGGUUGAGCGGCGGUGGCGUCGUCGUCGUGCCUUGGAGACCGAGGCAGUUUUAUGGUCGGAGGGGGAAGAGAGAAAGUGAGUGAGAGAGAGAUAGAAAGAAAGAAACAGACAGACAGACACACACACACACUCUCUGAGGGAGAAAAUAACGGGCGGCCUGACACACCUUCGAAGAAAGAAGAAAAGGAGCCAUGCCGAAAGAAAAGAAAUCCACAGAUUCUUGUGAUGAAGGAGUGGUACAAUUGAAGGAUAUUUCUGCUUGGAGUGAAGACAUGAAAAAAAUACAUCUGAAAGAAAAGCUGGAGGGUAAAGAACACAAUGAGUAUUCUCCAGUGAAGGAAGAUGCUGGUGAAGAACAUGAGGAGGUCUCUGCUCAGAAGGACUCCAAGCUGAACGAUGCUGUGUCACUGUACCGAGGUGAUAUAACAAAGCUUAAAGUUGAUGCCGUAGUGAAUGCAGCAAACAAGAGCCUGCUUGGUGGAGGUGGAGUUGAUGGCUGUAUACACCGAGCUGCCGGACCCAAGUUGUUGUCGGCGUGCCGCCAGCUGAACGGCUGCAACACUGGCGAGGCCAAAAUAACACUGGGCUACGACCUUCCGGCUAAACAUGUCAUCCACACCGUGGGGCCGAUAGCAAGAGGAAACUGUGAUGAGCGUCUGAAACGCCAACUGAGGAACUGCUAUGAAAAUUCCCUGAUGUUGCUGGAGACUCAAGGGCUGCGAUCUAUCGCGUUUCCUUGUAUAUCUACUGGCAUCUAUGGUUUCCCGCAAGAGGAUGCAGCCGAGAUUGCUGUGUCGACCAUUAAGGAAUGGCUAGCUGACAAACGAAGUCUGGUCGAUCGUAUUAUCUUCUGCGUUUUCUUGGAGAGCGACCUUAAGAUCUACAAGGAGAAAAUGCUUCAUCUUUUUCCCACAGAUGAUGAAGAUCUAAAUGCAAACUCCCCUUCUUCAAAGAAGUACGGCAAUAAAGAAUUGGUGGAAAAGAAUGAUGAUAAGAUUGAAGGUAUGAGAUAUUUAUUGAAGCAGGUAAUAAAUGGCCUAUAUUUGAACUUACAAUUGCUCAGGAUAGACUUUCCCCUGAGAUGCCCUGAAAGUGCAGCACGGUGGCGCAGCACACCUCUAGUUAGUCAUGAUGAUGAAUCCAAGCUACAAGAUGUCUACAUGGACAGCCAGCUGGAAGAUAAACAACAAGAAGACAAUGUAAUGCUUAGCCAACCUUGCACCCAGAUAGAAGAAAUCGAGAUGGGAAACUCCCAAGAACAGACAGAGGAAGAAGACAAGGAUAAUACUGACCGUAUACCCUAUAUCGAUGAAUGUGAAGAAGAAAGUGGACAAUGAAGACUAUGUGUGACUAAGGGAAGACCCAUUGGUGUCUUUGAAGACAAGCUGUACCACUUUAGACCUCCAAGAAGGCAAAUGGUACAAUUUUGUGCUGGAGUUUAGAUAGCCACUUAAUUCAGUUUUGUGUACAAAAUUCUGAGUUGCAUUCUGUUUUGUAAUUGUGUUAUUGAAGGGAAUAUUUUGGCCUGAGGACGUGCUUCUAAAUCAUAUUUUGACUGGCUGGAGCUGUUGUUUUAUGGGUCAAUAGAGCUUUGAUCUUCACACCAGAUGAGUGAGACGUGUUCACCUUUGUCACACCGGGAAUAUUACGCUUCUGACUAUUCACAAAAUAAAGAACGGACACUAAAGCCUCCGACAACGACACGACCAACAUCGCAAGUUCGCGAAUGGGAUUGGAGCUUGCAAUGACUUUGUAAAUGUUGACACAGUAUCAAUCUAUCGAUGUUCUGCUACCAACACUGACCUGAGUGUGGAUGAUAGGAAUAUCACAAUCUUUGAGGCAAUUCAAAUCUUUUUUUUGAUCUCUUUUCUUUGCCAAUUCCUUGACGUUCCAGUGGUUUGGCCUGCUCUGCAUCGACGAGACCAAGUGCAGAACGCUGAAAACCUGCUCUCGAUCCACCAAGGCCUGCUGGAACUCCCAGACCAACCAUUAUCACUACCCUUCCCCUUCCCAUUUCCAUUCCUGUACUGACCUUAGGCACAAAAAGCUGGAGUCUUCUUCUGAUGUGUGGUGUGCACAGCCUAAGCACGCCGGGUUGAUUGCAUUCGUCGAAACAGGGCGGACCACGUGAAGGUUGCAAUCUCCCACCCCAAUGCUGGAGUAACUCAGCAGGACAGGCAGCACCUCUGGAGAGAAGGAACAGGUGACGUUUCGGGUCGAGACCCUCCUUCACACUGAGUCUGGAAGGGCCUCGACCCGAAAGGUCGCCCAUUCCUUCUCUCCAGAGAUGCUGCCUGUCCCGCUGAGUUACUCCAGCAUUUUGUGUCUAUCCUCCCCCUUCCCAGUUCUCCGACCAGUCGGACUGUCCUCGUUUACAUUUGUUGUCACCUCCUCCAGGCUAACAGGGUCCAGGGUCUCGACCCGAAACGUCAUCUCAUUCUUUUCCUCCAGAGAUGCUGCCUGUCCCACUGAGUCCCACAGCAUCCUGUGUCUCAGAUUCUCAGCCUGAAACGAACAAAUAGAAAAAGCGUAGCAAUGGUUCAAACGUGUCGUUAAUCCCAGAGGGACAUUUUUCACUCCACUACUGACAUAUAGCAGUCAAUGACAACACUCAUAUUUUCUCCCUGCCGCUCUUUUACUUGAACUCCUUUAGCUCAUUCAACCUUUUGCUUCCAACUGACACAGAUCGCCACACUGGUCCAAUUUUCAUCGCCUUCCCCAUCUGCUGAUGAACUCAUUGCCGCAGAACGCUGUUUCAGCUCAGUUUAGUUUAUUGUCACGUGUACCGAGGUACAGUGAAAAGCUCUUGUUGUGGAGGCCAAGUCAAUAGAUAUUUUUAAGGCAGAGAUAGAUAGAUUCUUGAUUAGCACUUUCUUUGGAUACUUUCAAGACAAAGCUAGCUAGGGCUCUUGAAGAUAGCGGUGUCAGGGGAUAUGGGGAGAAGGCAGGAACGGGGUACUGAUUGGGGAUGAUCUGCCAUGAUCACAUUGAAUGGCGGUGCUGGCUCGAAGGGCUGAAUGGCCUACUCCCUGCAUCUAUUGUCUAUUAUCUAUUGUCUAUUGUAUGGGGUUAUGGGGAGAAGGCAGGAGAAUAGGGUUGAGAGGGGAAGAUAGAUCAGCCAUGAUUGAAUGGUGGAAUAGACUUGAUGGGCCGAAUGGCCUGAUUCUGCUCCUAUCUCUUUAGAACAACGGUGUACGAACAAUUUCGAAUUAAUUCAGCUGCCUCACCACAAACCUUGGCAUUCCCAAAUACAAACUUCCCCAAGUCACUUUCUUCCCUCCUUGUUUAAGGCUCCUGUAAGUCUAACCUCACGUUAAUGUUUAGUUCAUCCAUCCUAAGUGGGCGGUCACGGUGGCGCAGCGGUAGAGUUGCUGCCUUACAUCGAAUGCAGCGCCGGAGACCCGGGUUCAAUCCCGACCACGGGUGCCGCCUGUACGGAGUUUGCACGUUCUCCCCGUGACCUGCGUGGGUUUUUUCACCGAGAUCUUCGGUUUUCUCCCACACUCCAAAGACGUACAGGUUUGUAGGUUAAUUGGCUUGGUAAAUGUAAAAAAUUGUCCCUAGUGUGUGUAGGAUAGUGUUUGUGUGCGGGGAUCGCUGGUCGGCGCGGACCCGGUGGGCCGAAGGGCCUGUUUCCGUGCUGUAUCUCCAAACUAAACUAUACUAAAGCGGCAAGUAGGCCUCAAAAUUAUUCCAGUGUGGCAUCUGAUGACAUUUCUCGACACUACAGCCAAGCUUUUGUUGCUAAUGUUUAAAUCUUUGUUAAAUUAAGCUCUGGUGUGAAGAACGCACAACUCAGCCUUUGAAAAGGACAGUCAGUAUUUAUUUUGCCUGCAUGAUAUUGGCCAGCCAGCUGAAUAUUUUCAGCAUUUUGUUUCGUCUAUGACUUCCUCUAUUGUGUGAUUUUUCUUUUCCUUAUCUCACAAGACUGUACUGGAGGAUAACAUACUGCUGGUGGUAAACUAAAAAUAAUUCAGGCUGCACGCAUUGACAUUAGCCACUGCUAUUAGCGGGAAAUGUUAACAAAAUAUAUGAAUAAACAUUGUUUGAAAAUCAUCAUUUUUCACAGGGGAAAGAAGCAAUUUCAAAAAGACCGGAGAAAAGCAGCUCAGUGGUGCAGUGGAUAGAAUCCACUCCACCAUUCAAUCAUGGCUGAUCUCUGCCUCCUAACCCCAUUCUCCUGCCUUCUCCCCAUAACCCUUGACACCCGUUCUAAUCAAGAACUUGUCUAUCUCUGCCUUAAAAAUAUCCACUGACUUGGCCUCCACUGCCCUCUGUGGCAAUGAGAUCCACAGAUUAACUUACCCUCCGACUAAAGAAGUUCCUUCUCACCUCCUUUCGGAAAAGAGCGCCCUUUAAUUCUGAACUCAGACUUAGUGUAUUAGAUACUCGGUCCAGAGGGAGGAGAGGUUCUUGCUGUGAAUGUCCUGGGAUGGGGCUGGAGUCAAAUAAAGAUACUAGACGGAGCUGCAAUUUUCCGGCCAUGAUGAGAGUUGGUAGCAGUUCUAUUUACUGUGAAGGUGCCACAGUGGCGCAGUUGGUAGAGAUGCUGCCUCACAGCGCAAGAGAUCCAGGUUCAGUCCUGACCUCGAGUGCUGUCACUCGAUGAGUGAGGAUCUCAUUGAAACAUAUAAGAUUAUUAAGGCUAGAGGCAGGAAACAUGUUCCCGAUGUUGGGGGAGUCCAGAACCAGGGGCCACACAGUUUAAGAAUAAGAGGUAAACCAUUUAGAACGGAGACGAGGAAACGCUUUUUCACACAGAGUUGUGAGUCUGUGGAAUUCUCUGCCUCAGAGGGUGGUGGAGGCUGGUUCUCUGGGUACUUUCAAGAGAGAGCUAGAUAGGGCUCUUAAAUAUAGCGGAGUCAGGGGAUAUGGGGAGAAGGCAGGAACGGGGUACUGAUUGGGGAUGAUCAGCCAUGAUCACAUUGAAUGGCGGUGCUGGCUCUAAGGGCCGAAUGGCCUACUGUUGCACAUAUUGUCUAUUGUCUAUUGUCAGUGUGGUGUUCGCAUUAGGGUUUUGUCCAGCUGUGGUUUCCUCCCACAACGUGUUUGUAGGUUAAUUAGUCCUCUGUAAAAUUGCCACUUGUGUGCCGGGGAUGAGGGGGUGGGGGAGGUGCGGUAACACAGAACCAGAGCGAGCUGGCGAUCGUUGAUCGGCGUGGACUCGGGGCGAUCCAAUCAAUCAAUGUGUCGAACGAUGAUCUGUGAGCAGAUUGGGCAAAUCUCCACACCCUGGCUCACUACAAACCAGUCGUUGGGCAGUUCAGUAAUGUUGCAGGUUUUGCUGCUGGGAUCCACCAGAUUUCAGUGCUCGCUUCUAUAGACUGAGGCUUGAAUAAUCCACAAUAUCUUGUCCGCUGUGGCCACUCUCAGAACAACCUCUACUCCUGUGCCUCAUAACCAUAUAACCAUAUAACAAUUACAGCACGGAAACAGGCCACCUCGGCCCUACAAGUCCAUGCCGAACACAUUUUUUUCCCCUUAGUCCCACCUGCCUGCACUCGUACCAUAACCCCCCAUUCCCUUCUCAUCCAUAUGCCUAUCCAAUUUAUUUUUAAAUGAUACCAUGAAUUUUGAUAGUUUCCCUUCAAUAACUACAAUGACUUUUCUCACGGCCUACAAGUAUUUUCCCCAAUUUGACAAGGAGUACUCCAAGCCUGCACCUGUUUAGUUUAGUUUAGUUUAGAGAUGCAGCGCAGACACAAGCCUUUCGGCCCACCGAGUCCACACCAACCAGCGAUCCCCGCACACUGGCACUAUCCUAUGCACACUAGGGACAAUUUACAUUUAUACCAAGCCGAUUAGCCUACAAACCUGCACGUCUUCGUAGUGUGGGAGGAAACCGGAGCGCCCGGAGAAAAUCCACGCAGGUCACGGGGAGAACGUACAAACGCCAUACAGACAGCACCCGUAGUCGGGAUCGAACCUGGGUCUCCGGCGCCGUGAAGCGGCAACUCUACCGUUCAUGAAGUUUGAUUGUUUUCCAAAUUUCUUCCCAAUCAUUUUUCCCAAUUAUUUUCCCAAAUUGACGAGAAGUAAAGAAUUUGGCAUGAAGAUAGACGCAAAAUGCUGGAGUAACUCAGCGGGAACAGACAGGCAGCAUCUCUGGAGAGAAGGAAUAGGCGAUGUUU